AUGGCCCAUUACCACAAUGACUAUAAAAAGAAUGAUGAGGUGGAGUUCGUCCGAACUGGCUAUGGGAAGGAUAUGGUAAGAGUUCUUCAUAUUCAGCGAGAUGGAAAAUACCACAACAUUAAAGAGGUGGCAACUUCAGUGCAACUUACUCUGAGCUCCAAAAAAGAUUACGUGCAUGGAGAUAAUUCAGACAUCAUCCCCACAGACACCAUCAAGAACACGGUUCAUGUCUUGGCGAAGUUUAAAGGGAUCAAAAGCAUAGAAACUUUUGCAAUGAACAUCUGUGAGCAUUUUCUUUCUUCUUUCAACCAUGUCAUCCGAGCUCAAGUCUAUGUGGAAGAAGUCCCUUGGAAGCGUUUUGAAAAGAAUGGAGUUAAGCAUGUCCAUGCAUUUAUUCACACUCCCACUGGAACGCAUUUCUGUGAGGUUGAACAGAUGAGGGCUGGACCUCCAGUCAUUCAUUCUGGAAUCAAAGACCUCAAGGUCUUGAAAACGACCCAGUCUGGAUUUGAAGGAUUCAUCAAGGACCAAUUCACCACCCUCCCUGAGGUGAAGGACCGGUGUUUUGCCACCCAAGUAUACUGCAAAUGGCGCUAUCACCAGUGCAGAGACAUGCAUUUUGAUGCUAUCUGGGAUACUGUUCGGGACAUUGUCCUGGAGAAAUUUGCUGGACCCUAUGACAAAGGAGAGUACUCACCCUCUGUCCAGAAGACCCUCUAUGACAUCCAGGUGCACUCUUUGAGCCGGGUUCCUGAGAUAGAAGACAUGGAAAUCAGCCUGCCCAACAUGCACUACUUUAACAUAGACAUGUCCAAAAUGGGACUGAUCAACAAGGAAGAGGUCUUGCUACCAUUGGACAAUCCAUAUGGCAAAAUUACUGGGACGGUCAAGAGGAAACUGGCUUCGAAGCUGUGACAUUGUAGCCACCACCACCGGAAGUCUACUCUCAACUGAGGAAUUCCUUCAGCCUCUUGUGAUGCUGGAAAUCAUAGCAUGUAGCCAUGCAAAUGUU